AUGUCCGCCAAUGCCUCCUCCACUUUCCCGCCAACCACCCCCUCUCCGCUCCAAUCCGCCACUCCCACCUCCCAGAGGGUCAUCACCACCACUAUCACCAGCGGCUCUGCAUCUCCCACACAGGCUGCCUCUUCCAAGUCCACCGUCCCCAUAGCCCCUAUCGUCGGUGGCGCAGUCGGCGGUGCCUUCCUCGCCGUCGCCGCCGUGCUCAUCUGGAAGUGGUGGGGCUGGUGCAUCAAGCGCCAGGGGGAGAAGGAUCGCAAGGAAGCCCUUGAACGCAAGAAGUUGCGUCAAAACACACGCCGGAACACCUCCUCGGGCGCGUUCGCCGGCAACCAACCCCCGGCGGCGAUGUCGCACACCGGCAAGAAAGUCUCCUUCAUCUCGCGCACCCCUUCUCCGCGCCCUUCCAAGAAGGAGGCCAAGACGGCGGCCAGGGCUGCCGCCAAGAAGGCGGUUAAGACUCCUGAAGCAGAUGCCCUAUCUCGCCCGCGCAGAGCCUCAGGUCCGCGUCCCAUCCGCCCAAGUCCCCUCAGUCAAUCCAUAUCCAAAUCUCCGACGCCCUCUACUCCGUCAUCGUCUUCUCCCAUACCACCGUCACCCUCCCGUACCGCCAAGGCCGCUAAGCGAGAACUCGCCGAGCCAGACUCCCCCUCCGUGCGGCCGUUCCUCAGCCGCCCCCUCAUGGCGCAGCGGCCGUCGACGAUGACCUCGGAUUCGGUCUACUCCACCGAGAGCGGCGAGGAGCACCAGAACCGCGUGUCGGCUAGCCUCAUCAUGGCUGCCUUGGAGCAUCUCGAUAUCAGACGCUCCAUAGCCAACUACCUCCCGCUGGGCUCUGGACGGAACAACGGGAUGGCCCACAGCAGACUGUCCCACAUGAGCACGGGCUCGGCUGAUGAACAGGAGGACAUCGACGAGCCGGAGGACGCGAUAGGCGUCGCAUAUGGCGGCGAAGAUCAGGGGCCGUCGGCCGACAACAUGGUUUGA